AUGAAAGCAGCCAUGCAGGACAACAAUGCACUAUACAUUCUACAAGGAUCAGCAAAAACAUUUGAGGUUCACAACGCAGAAACAAGUCAAAAGAAUGAUCAGGAGGAUGAUACGCAAUUGUGGCACAGUCGUCUUGGUCACGUUGGUCAGAAACGUUUGGAUGUUCUGGUCAAGAAAGGCUGCAUAGAUAAGGGAAAAGUCUAUGAGUUAAAAUUCUGUGAAGACUGCGUGAUUGGCAAAACGCACAAAGCAAGUUUUGGAUCAGCUCAACAUGCCACUAAGGAGAAACUGGACUAUAUACACUCUAACUUGAAGGUGUGGCUUUACUUUCUCAAGACUAAAGAUGAAGCAUUUGACAAGUUUGUCGAAUGGAAGAAAAUGGUUGAAAUUCAAUCGGAGAGAAAAGUAAAGAAGUUGAGAACAGACAACGGGCUAAAGUUUUGUAACAUCAAGUUUGAUCAGUUCUGCAAAAGUGAAGGAGUAGUAAGGCACAGGACGUGUACCUAUACACCACAGCAAAAUGGAGUUGCAGAGCGGCUAAACAGAACAUUGAUGAACAGAGUCAGGAGCAUGUUAAGUGAAAGCGGUCUUGAGCAGAAGUUUUGGGCUGAAGCGGCAUCUACAACAGUAUACCUCACCAACAGGACUCCGUCUUCAGAAAUCGACUUUGACAUUCCAGAGGAACGUUGGACAUCAGCAGUACCAAGUCUCGAAGGUUUGAGAAGGUUUGGCUGUGUGGCCUAUGUUCACUCAACUGAUGGAAAGCUCAAUUCGAGGGCAAAGAAGGACAUUUUCACGGGCUAUCCAGAAGGCGUUAAAGGUUUCAGAGUCUGGCUACUUGAGUAG